AUGGGACAGCUAAAUGUGGAAGAAGAGAGUGAUGUGACCACGGUUUUAGUUUUUUACGUAAACGGCAAGAAGGUCACGGAACCAAACCCCGACCCACAAUGGACACUGUUGUGGUAUCUACGUAAGAAACUGCGUCUCACUGGUACAAAGUUAGGCUGUGCAGAAGGAGGAUGCGGUGCCUGUACUGUAAUGAUUUCAAAAUACAAUCGCAAAGAAAGGAAAGUCGUACACUUAGCGAUUAACGCGUGUUUAGCACCUGUGUGUGCUAUGCACGGCUUGGCUGUGACAACCGUGGAAGGUAUUGGAUCUACGAAAACGAGGUUACACGCAGUUCAGGAAAGGCUUGCCAAAGCACAUGGAUCGCAAUGUGGAUUCUGCACGCCAGGUAUCGUCAUGUCUAUCAGUGGCGCUGAACAGUUUCAUGGAAAAGUACCAAAAAGCUCACAAUACUUUGAAUUAGUUGGCGAUAAGCAACUCAAGAGCGACGCUGUAGGCCGACCCAUACCGCAUAUGUCGGCAUUAAAACAGGUUACAGGUGAAGCCAUCUACUGCGAUGACAUGCCUUCCGUAGAAGGAGAAUUAUAUUUAGCGUUCGUAUUGAGUACUAAAGCACACGCGAGGCUGAAGUCGGUAGACCCACAAAAGGCGUUGCAGCAUCCCGGUGUCGUUGCAUUUUUCUCCGCGAAGGAUUUAACCCCUGAGCAAAAUGCAAUCGGGCCGAUAUUUCACGAUGAAGAAUUGUUUGCUAGUGAGAAAGUUAUCAGUCAAGGACAAACAAUUGGUGUAAUAGUGGCCCAAGAUCAAGUGACUGCUCAAGCCGCGGCCCGAAAAGUCCACAUUGAGUAUGAGGAAUUGCAACCAAUUAUAGUUACCAUAGAGGAUGCUAUUAAACAUAACUCAUUUUACAAACAGUUUCCAAAGACUAUACGAAAGGGAGACGUGAAAUCGGCUUUUGAUGAUCCAAAUAAUGUUAUAGUCGAGGGAGAGUGCAGAAUGGGAGGGCAAGAACAUUUUUACCUCGAGACCCAUGCAGCUUAUGCUAUACCCAAGAAAGAAGAUGAUGAAUUAGAAAUAUUUUGCUCUAGUCAACAUCCAUCUGAAGUAGCGAAACUAACGAGCCACAUUCUACACGUCCCGAUGAACAGAAUUGUGGCCCGUGUGAAGCGCAUGGGCGGAGGAUUUGGGGGGAAGGAGUCGAGAGGCAUUUUAACGUCGCUGCCGGUUGCGUUUGCAGCACAUAAGUUGAACAGACCGGUUAGAUGUAUGCUGGAUAGAGACGAAGACAUGCAGAUGACCGGCACUCGGCAUCCGUUCUUAAUAAAAUAUAAGGUAGCAGCGAACAGGAAAGGCAAGCUUAUGGGUGCUAUUAUUAACAUUUAUAAUAACGGUGGAUAUUCGAUCGACCUAUCAGGGCCGGUAGUAGAACGUGCAAUGUUCCACUUCGAAAACGCCUAUUAUAUUCCAAACGUUGAAGUAACCGGACACGUUUGUAAAACUAAUCUUCCCUCGAAUACGGCGUUCAGAGGUUUCGGCGGGCCUCAAGGAAUGUUUGGCGCUGAAAAUAUGAUUCGGGAUGUCGCUCAAAAGUUGGGAAAGAGCGCAGAAGAGAUUUCGAAACUGAACUUAUAUCAGGAGAACUUUAAAACUCACUAUAAUCAAGUCCUUACGCAUUGCACGUUGCAAAGGUGUUGGGAUGAAUGCAUAGAAAAGAGUAACUAUGCAGAAAGAAAACUGUUAAUAGAAAGCUUCAAUAAGCAGCACCGUUGGAGAAAGCGUGGAAUUUCCAUAAUACCAACAAAGUUCGGGAUAGCAUUCACAGAGAAACUCUUGAAUCAAGCCGGCGCCCUUCUCAUAGUGUAUGUUGAUGGAUCCGUUCUCCUAUCGCACGGCGGUACGGAAAUGGGGCAGGGUCUGCACACGAAAAUGAUCCAAGUGGCAUCGCGGGCUCUUGGAAUAGACGUGUCAAAAAUACACAUCACCGAGACCUCCACGGACAAAGUACCGAACACGUCUGCCACCGCUGCCAGCGCUGGCUCCGACCUGAAUGGCAUGGCCGUGCUAGAAGCUUGCGAGAAGCUCAUGAAACGUCUCCAGCCCUACAAAGAUAAAAAUCCCAACGGCAAAUGGGAGGAUUGGGUUUCUGCUGCCUAUGUGGACAGAGUCAGCCUGUCCGCCACCGGGUUUCACGCAACACCCGGCAUUGGAUUCGAUUUCAAGAGCAACACUGGCAACCCGUUCAACUAUUUCACGUACGGUGUCGCUUGCACCGAGGUGGAGAUAGACUGCCUCAGCGGUGACCACCAAGUUAUCAGGACCGACAUUGUAAUGGACUUGGGCGAAAGCAUUAACCCCGCCAUCGAUAUCGGUCAGAUUGAAGGCGCCUUCAUACAAGGCUACGGGCUGUUCACAAUGGAGGAGUUGAUUUAUUCACCAACGGGAACGCUGUAUUCACGGGGACCAGGGGCGUAUAAAAUUCCGGGUUUCGGUGACAUCCCACAAGAGUUUAACGUGUCUUUGCUUAAAGGUGCGCCAAAUCCUCGCGCAGUAUUUUCGUCGAAGGCCGUUGGCGAACCACCUUUGUUCUUAGCGUGCUCUGCCUUCUUUGCCAUCAAAGAAGCAAUAAAAGCUGCCCGUGCCGACGCCGGCGUGAGUUUGGAUUUUAAGCUGGACUCCCCAGCAACAUCGGCUAGAAUACGCAUGGCGUGCGAAGAUCAUAUCACAAAGAAGUUACCUGUUUUGGAUCCGGAGCGCUUUGUGCCUUGGAACGUUGUGCCA